AUGGCGGACAAGCUGGCUGGCAAGUGGAACUUCGUCUCCGGCGAGAACUUCGACGAGUACAUGAAGGAAUGCGGCGUCUCCUUCCUGACCCGCAAGGUUGCCGUCAAUCUCAAGCCCGUGCUCGACAUCGUUAUUGAAGGCAACAACUGGACGAUCACCUCUACCUCCACCUUCAAGACGCACGUUGCGAAGUUCGUCGUCGGAGAAGAGUUCGCUGACAAGACUGCCGACGGACGUGAUGUGAAAUCCAAGUAUACGAUCGAGGGCGACAAGCUCAUCCAACAAGAGACUGGCCUCAACGGUGGCAAGGACUCGCGUUUCGAGCGCUUCGUCGAGGACGGGAAGCUGAAGGUCGUCUGCGAGUGCAAUGGAGUGAAGUGUGUCCGCACCUACGCACGCGCA